AAGUCCCUAAAAUAUACGAGCACAUGACAGACUGUUAUACGAAAUCGGAACGGUUUCGAAUUUUAAUGCGUCCAUUGACUGGCAGCUUUUCUAAAAAUUAUUUGGGAAAUAACAUUCAUUACAUAACCGGAACGGACCCCAGGACUGUUAACUCAGCGACAUUCUUCAAAAUUAUUUGUGGAAUGUUUUAUGCCGUUACAACAGUAAUAUGAUAGCUAUUGAUAGGCCAUGUAGAUCAGGGAUUUGUAUUAUCACAAAAAAAGCAAAAAAUAACACCGUUAUUUUAAUACUUAUAACAUUUUAAAUAAUAUUCAUAUAAGCUUCUUCCUUUUUAUUAUUUUUAUUUUUCUCUCAUUGAUCUUUAAUAUUAUGAAAUCAUCAUCUAAGUUGGAUGAGUUUUGAAUAUAGCAAAUGUAGUAGGAUCAUGAUCAUUUAAAUAAUGGAAUGCCAGUUAUGACGACAUGGAAUACACUUAUGUAUGUAUGUAUGUAUAUACAUAUGUAUGCACGAAACUGUUUACCUUCACUUGCUUAUUUAACUGAAGACAACACCAACAACGACAGUUAGACAUUAAACAUGGGACCUCUUGAGUAAUUUUCAUAUCUGCCUACCAAAACUGCACAUAUUGUGUAUACAUCUAUACAAAAUGUAUGUGUAUGUGUGACUUUAUGUACGCACUAAAAUCGUUCAGGUAUACCAAUUGUACAAAAAUGCUUGCACAAUCAUUAGUGUAGUUCAAAAUACUGUGGAACUAUUAUAUUCCCCUUUGUAAAAGAGAAGAUAUUAUAAAAUUCUUACAUUUUACCAUAUUCUAUAAGAAAAAUUAAAAAAUCGUAGUCAUUACUUUAUUUAAAUUGAUAGAAUUUUUUGUUAAUUCCUUGUAGUUAUGAUCUUGCAUACAAAUAAACCAUCUGGUCCACCCUAAUGUUCUUACCACAUUGUUACAUACAUACAUAUGUUAACUAAAGUUACUCAGCACUCCACUAUUUGUUACUCUUUUUACCCUCUGCGCUCUUUUACGUUCGUUCUUCCUCGCUAACAAUUCAAUCCAAGUAAUCGAUCAACCCAACAAACGAACGGAGUGCUCUCUCCUCAAACUUUAUAUUUCAUUCAAUUAUAAUUUUCAUAUUUCAAAUCGACGACUUCAUAUCCUACUUGCUCUGCCAUUUGCCGUCACCGACAUUUGUUUAAAUUUAAGCUUUAACGAUAAUCCCCGUCGGCAUAGCACUUCUUCGUACUGGAAGUUCGCACUCUCUAGAGCCAAUCAAGCGAGUCUUCAGUCAGUUGCUAGACGAUGGUGUAGUGAGUACGUACUAACCGCAUGCCUUCGUACUAAAUCGCUAAAGAAUCAACAAAAUAUUACUUAUCACAUUCCAAGAGACAAAAAAUUAAUAAACAAAUGAAAAUAUUAAGCAAAAAGAACGUUAACACUGUUGGUUGUUUGUGUAAAUUUUUUUAAACCUUUAUAUAAGUCGGUGCUAUACAGCUGUGUUUGAAAACUAAUUCCGCCAGUUCGGCGCACAAGCAAGCAAGCCAUACAAAAAAUAAUAAAAAAAAUUGAGCUCAAGGGCUAACCAGUUUCAAUGUGCUAAGAAACUCAUUGACAAAAUAUUACAUGUGAUAGCAAAAAAAUAAAAAAUAAACGAAAUUGUCACAAUAUGUCAGAUGCUCUAAACAAUAACGUCCUGUCCCGUGUUGGUGAUGAUAAUUGCAUUGCUACAGAUUCAUCUAAUAAGGAAAAACAUCAAAACAACAAAGAUUGUGGUUUAAAUAAAAAGUACACAACAAGUAUUAGUACGAAUAGUAACGAUGAAAUCAUCGAGGAGGGAUUCGACUAUAGCGAAGCCGACCUGUUAGACGAGUUAAAUACUAGCGACGACGACCACGACGUUGACGUAAACAGCGGCGUUAACGACAAUGUCGAAAGAAAUGCGAACAUUCAAAAAUAUAACACUCAUCAUCUUCCCAUCACACAAGAUGCGGACAAAAAGGGUGAAGCAUGUGCAAAUAUUGCCGGUACAUUUUCUCUUAAUAACCAUGUAACCGACACAAAUUCUCAUGACAAUAAAACAAGAUCAACGAACGUUGUUGCGAGCGACGUCGACAGUGAUUGUGUGCCAAUUGUGAGCACUGAUAAUGCGCCAACCAGUGCAAGUGAUAAGCAGAAAGUUACACCGACUAACUUAGUGCUGUGUGGCGACAACGACCAACCAAACGCAAGAGAAGUUGGCGUUGACUCAUAUUGUCCCAUAACGCCGCGUUGUAUAGUUGAUGUUGACGCUGAGACGCCUAAUCCAUUGUUAAAAAGUAGUUCCACAACACGCAUAGAAAGCAACAAUAAAAAUAUUGUUGAUGAUGCCGGAGUUGCUGGCAACAAUGAUCAUUGUGAUGAAGGUUAUUAUUAUUCUGAUGAGCCCGAAGAUGAAUUAAUUGUACAGUUCCUGGGAGAAGCCAAUCGUAUUGCCGAGGCCCGUUUGGCUGCUCGACGACAAGCGCGCGCUGAGGCACGCGAAAUACGGAUGCGUGAGUUGGAACGCCAACAAAAGGAGCAAGAGCAAAAUGCAGACCGUGUUUUCGACAUGCACACCUCAAGCGGCAUCGACCCAUUAUCGCGGUCACGGCUCGCAACCGGUGUCAGCAGCUCACCUCUCGGUGCAGUGCUUAACAGCACACGGGCCAACUCGAUGUCAUCACGACGCAGCAGUGAAGACUCACUGGAGGAAGAAGGCCGCAGUCUGCGGGAUAUACGGCAUGAACUCAAGGAUGUUGAGGAAAGAUUUCGAAAGGCCAUGAUAGCCAAUGCGCAAUUGGAUAACGAUCGCGCUUCGCAAACGUAUCAAAUACAACUGUUGAAGGACAAACUAGAGGAAGUGGAAGAAUCUUAUGCGCAGCUUCAGCGUGAAUUUAAGGAUAAGUCACGUGAUUGCAAUGCGCUAAAAAGGAAUCUGGAUAAAUUAAGUGAAGAACUUAAAUUGGUGCAAGGUCAACUAACUGAACGCGAUAAACUAAUCGCAGAUCAGGGCUUAGUUAUUGUAGCCGUAGAGAAUGAAGAGGGUACCGAUGCAAAACGUGCUCUAGUCAGUGUUGAAAAUGCUCAGCUGUUAGGUUCAGUGCAAGGCUCACUAGAUGUGCGACUGAAAAAGUUCAGCGAGGAGAAACAACAACUUUUAGCAGAAGUGCAAAAACUGCAGGAGACAUUAGAAAAUUAUAAGAGCCAAGGCAAAGGGCGAUCCAAUUCACUUAACGGACCAUCAGGUUCUGACGAGGAUUAUGAAGCACAAAGGGAGGCGAAUAAAAUAAUAUCAGACUACAAGUAUAAACUGCAAAAGGCUGAACAAGAAAUCGCCGGCUUACAAGCAAGCUUGGCACGUUCAGAAACACAAGUUAUACGUUAUAAAAGCACGGCGGAAGCGGCUGAAAAAGCUGAAGCUGAACUAAAAAUAGAACGGAGAAAGCUGCAAAGAGAAAAUCGUGAGGCCAUGGAACGUAUGGAGGAAUUGGAAACUUCAAAUAAUCACCUGCUGAAGCGACUAGACAAACUAAAGAAUGCUAAAAGCGCUUUGCUUAAAGAUCUCUGACCGAAAUCCAUACAUGCAACAACGACCAGAAACACAUUCACCAUGGAUAAAUGCAAACAUAAUGGCGAAACUUUAGUUAGAUGCGAAAUCUGUGAACAAUAAAUCAGAAUACAUGCAUUCACUUAGUGACGUCUGUAUACAAACAUCGGAACACAGGAACCUUAUCCAGGAGCAAAAUUUAAAAUGAGUCCAGGAUUGUGUGCUAUAAUUGAAAAUGAGUAGUGUUAAUGAUAUGCGAUGUUGGCAUAAUCGCUGUCACUUAGCAUUGCAACAUGGAUAGUCAGAAAACAAAAUUACAUACAUAUGUCGCCUAAAAGUAACCGCAUAAUCAAUUUAAUAUUUAUUAACAUACAUAAAUAAAAGUUAAGUGCAUAAAGCAUACAACAUUUACCCAUAGUAUGUAAGUAUGUAUAUUUACAUACAUAUAUUAGGAUCAUACUGUCAGUAGUUAAUAACAACACGAAAUGUCAAAAGUUUUUAAGUUUGCUUAAAUAUAAUACUAAUUAAUAUUGAAAAUUACCUUUUAAAACAAAAAUAUAUAAUACAACAACAUUAUAUGAUAUCAUGACAACAACAAAAACAUGACAACUGAACUAAUACAAAUGAAUUGCCUGCGCAUGGAUAUUCUAAAUCAAUGGACUUACGCAUUACAUAAAUACGUAUACAUACAUACGAUAAUUAUAGAUACAGAAGAGAAACUUAGAAAAUUUGAAGCAAGUGCUGAAAAUAAUAAAUUCACAUGCGGAUAAAUCAUGAAACUAUAUCAAUAAAUUACAUUACUUAAAAUUGCACUAACUAAAUGAUUAUAAUCGGUUUAAGCAUAAAGGCGUAUAAAAUCAUACUUUUGUUCAAAUGUAUUGUUAAUGUGUCGGAAAGACACAUAAAAAAAUUUAAUUUUUUAAUCUGUUUAGGAACUAAUUUUAAAAUGGUUUUACUUUUAAGAGUAACCAUAUCUGUGGACCUUCUUCGAUCACUAUAGUCAUUUUAAAAUAUGUUUGAAGUCUACUCGAACAAGUAAGUAACAAAUUAAUGCUAUGGAUUUUUUAAAAGGAACUAAAGUGCGAUAUUUGUUUCUGUGAUUAAAAAUUCCCCCUCAAAUCAAAAUAUGUUUUUCUUAAAUCUUCGAAAAUUAUAAAAAAUAACGUUAAUAUGCAGGUGGUCAUUAUUGUUUUCGAUCAAAAAUUCGAUUAGCAUAUGUAUAUAAUAAUUUCAAAUAAGUAUUUUCAUUAAAAACUUUGACGUCAUGAUAAUUAAAUUUAUACACGAUUUGUUUACUAACAAUUUUUCGUUAACUUUGGUUAAGUACGAUUCUUAAUUGCAAAAAUCAGUUGCGUCUUCAAUUAUAUAUUUAUUUUUAUCAGUAAUAGUUAUCUUUUGACAACAAAAAGUAGUUAUAAAAAAACUACAACAACAUAUUAAGACUAAAAAUAUUAAAUUUAGAGUACUUAAAUUUCUUAUAUUACAAAAGCGAAAGAAUGAUUAGGAUAAUUAGUUUUUGAAAAGUCGUUCUAAAAUGAAAAUAAAAAUUUUUUAAAUGUUGAGAAACAUCUUGCCAAGCGUAUAUUUACAGACACACCACAUCAGACACAGAAAAGUCCGGCUACUAUAUUUACUUUUAUCGCAAAUGCACUGCACAUUGUUAAUAUAUUGAUAUUGAUUAUGCUUGUCCACAUUUAGAGAAAUGUGCAUAAAGGUAUAAAGAGAUUAAUUAAUAUGGUUCUACGUAAUUUAAUUGGAAAUUUGAAAAAAAGGUUAAUAAAACAUUAUUUAAUUAAAAAAUAAACUAAUUUUAA